GCCACAAGUGAUGUCUGGUAUUUCUUCCACUGCCACCAUGCUUAAGGCUGCAUUUCUGCCCGUGGUCUGUUUAGUAAUCUCCUACAUUACAAACAGCUGCUCUUGCUCAUCAGCCUGAGGUCUGUGCCCUCAUCUACUCCGUCCGUCCUCGAAGUCUGCAUCACCAGUCCCUCUACCCUGAUCUCUGCCAAGGAAUGAAAAAAGAGAAAGAGAGGGAAAUAGUAAUUAUAGUUGACGAAAACAUUUUAGUUUUCUUACAGUUGAAAGAUUCUGUUUUCUUCCGCUGAUCAUUGACAGAUAGUGGAUUUGAUCCCUCAACACAUCAAGCCAGCUGGUGAGAGACUCAAUUUUCUAACCCAGAGGAGAGAGAUAAACAGCUUUCUGUUUGGACUCUUUUUGAGAGACUCGACAUUGGGGGACAAACCCAGUCAUCUUUAGCCAGGACACUGAAAGAGACUAAGUUUUCUGCUUUACCCUGACACACACAACUUUCUGUGUCAAGACAAGACGAGCAGUCUUCUGUCUGAACAGAGACACACCCUAGAAAGAGAGACCAAGACCUCUGGAUUUCACCCUCUCAGGGACAGCUUUUUGCCUUAAUACUGAAACGGAGACUACGACUGUUCUAGUACAAUAUUCCUUACCCCUAAUAUUGAGAGUCCUUCACUUUUCUUCCCUGUCACCUGAGCACUGAGAAAACCUUUCUGCAUUUUCAUUUUUAACAGAAAAGGCACCAGCCUGGUCUAAGCAGCUGAAUCUCAGGCCGUUCCAGAGGUGUGGUGUGUGACGGGUGAUGGCCGACUGGAGUCUCCUGGGCAACUUCUUGGAAGAGGUGCAGGAACACUCGACGUCUGUGGGCAAGGUGUGGCUCACCAUCCUCUUCAUCUUUCGUAUUCUCGUCUUGGGCACGGCCGCCGAGUCGUCAUGGGGCGACGAGCAGGAGGACUUCACCUGCGACACGGAGCAGCCCGGUUGCGAGAACGUUUGUUACGACACGGCCUUCCCCAUCGCCCACAUCCGCUACUGGGUGCUGCAGAUUGUCUUCGUGUCCACACCGUCGCUCAUCUACAUGGGCCACGCCGUGCACACGGUGCGCAUGGAAGAGAAACGCCGGCGCAAGGAGCAGGAGGACCAGGGGGGAGGGGACGGGGAGGAAGGAGGAGGGGAAGGCGGAGAGGAGAAGCAUUAUCUGGAGCACGGGGAAGACAAGGGGGGAGAGUGCGGGAAGGAGGGCAGCGGCAUGGGCAGGGUGCGUCUGCGCGGGGCGCUGCUGCAGACUUACGUGUUGAGCAUCCUGAUCCGGACGCUAAUGGAGGUGGUCUUCAUCGUGGUGCAGUACAUCCUCUACGGGGUCUUCCUCAAUGCCCUGUACGUGUGCCACAGCCGGCCCUGUCCACACCCGGUUAACUGUUACGUCUCGCGGCCCACGGAGAAGAAUGUGUUCAUCGUGUUCAUGCUGGCCGUGUCGGGCGUGUCGCUGUUUCUCAGCGCCGUGGAGCUCUACCACCUGGCCUUUAAGCAGUGUCAGAGGUUUCUGAGGAGGAAACGACAACAGCAACAACAACAGCAGCAACAGCUGCUACAAGGACGCACGCCCUCAAGUGCCACGGUCAUCACCGCUGAACCUGACAGCCCACCCCGUCCAUCCAUGCCCUGCACCCCGCCCCCAGACUUCAGCCAGUGUGUUAGCUCUUCCCCUCACACACACCCCAUGCACUCCCAAUCCCACCCCCAUCCUAGCUGCCCCCCCUUCAACAACCGGCUGGCCCACCAGCAGAACUCAGUCAACAUGGCCACUGAGCGCCACCGUGUUGUUCACAAUGACCUUGAAACGGAAGACUUCCUGCACGUGACCUAUGAGGGGCACGCCGACACGCCCAACGCCUGCACGCCGCCCCCUUCGCUGCUCCAAAACGGCUUCCAAAAUGGUUUCCUGAAGGACAAGAGGCGUCUGAGCAAGACCAGCGGCUCCAGUAGCCGUGUGCGACCGGAUGACUUGGCUGUUUAGCCCCAAUUCCCAACACACACACUGUCCCUGGACCGUUUCAAACACACACACAAGACUGGGAUGACUAUGACUCAUCUGUUGUGGGGGACUAAUUUGAACACUGCAUGGCACAAGUCAACGAAGUCACAAAGUAUCACAAGUCAUGAAACGUAAUACUCGAACUAAUCAAACACAGCUGUAGAGGGGUUAGUGCCUUCAUAUUUAGCCCUCAGGACUAAUCCACUAAUGUGACUGUCUGAGACUUCUGUCUGACUGCGUCCUAAAUGGCACCCUAUUGCCUAUAUCGCGCACUACUUUAAACCAGGGCACAUAUAGCUUUGGUCAAAAGUAGUGCACUAUAUAGGGGAAUAAGGUGCCAUUUGAGACAGAGACAUUGACUCUGAUUGCUGUCACGGAGUCUCUCCCUGAGAGACAGGGGGGCCUUGUGCCAGACCUGAGAAUGAGUGGGUCACUGCCACACUAUCAGCUCUGUGACACUGACUGGCUGCUGGGGACAGCUAAGUGGGACAGAUGACAGCCAGUCUGUUACUCAGAGAGAGAGAGAUAUGUGAAGGAUGGCUGCCUGUCAGUGACCGACAAACGCAACGCGUAGACGAAUGCUCUGCGUGUGUCAGCUCGCUCUCUCUCACCGCAUGCACACGAACACGAACACACACACUACUUUUACCAGAGGCACGCAGACACUUUCGUCGGCAUACAACACAAACAUACAGACACACCAUGUGAAUCCUGAUGUUGCCAUCACUUCCCACCAGAGAUCCAAUAGGACCUACAGGGAUGACCUACAGGGAUGAAAAAAAAUAUUUUCUUGUGUACUGUGUGUGGUUAAAGAGAGACAGACAAACUACAACCUAUUCUGAUCAGGGCUUUAUUUAUGUGGAGCCAUCAUAGGUUAAAGCAGACAUCACACGCUUCCCAGGGUGUGGGGAGGACAGAGUUCGUAGUGCAUAGUUCAGAUACCCUGACUGACCUGGUGCCCCGUUUCCCAAAACCAUCUUCAGGCUAAAUUCAUCGUUAGAACCUUCGUUGGAGCAUCAUUAUAUCUCAGAGCUUUUUCUCAAAACCAUCGUUAUUAACUUUGCAUUUGAAAACGCUCGUAAUCUAACGACUGCCUCAGACAACUCCUAGAACAGCUAAGUGCGUCAGAUGCUUUUUCGCCCUCCCUCGUCACUUUAUACACACAAAUCUCUGCUAAAUUUUGAAUCGCAUGGUUUAUAUGUCUCUGUGACGCCGAUGACUUCAGAACAAAGUCGACUAGAAAUACAAAGAUGCCGAUGUGUUUGCAAUUGAUACAAACAAGUGACAAAUACGCUUCAAAUGAAAACCGAGAUGACUGCAUUAAAAUAUAAACAGUAGGCUGCAGGCCUAUUUUAAUAAUGUUGAAAGACAUUUAAUGUUCAAUCAAUUGAGUUCUAUUUUGUUCAGGGGCACAACUUUGGUUUUAGAAGUGGGGGGGACAUAAUAAAAAAUAAAAAAGUUUUUAUCCAGUCAGAUAUACACUCAAAACAGCCUACCCGACCGCUCGGAGGAGUCCGCAUGGUCCUAAAGCACAGCGUUGCAUCGUUUUGUAUCAUAUUCCAAUGAUAUGGGGGGGACAAAAAUGCAAUUUCGGAAUGUAGGGGGGGGGGGGGCGCAUGUCCCCCAUCCCCAGUGAAAGUUGCACCCCUGAUUUAGCUACUUGUAGGCUACUGUCAGUAUUUGACUCAAUAUAUUCCCUGAUGUGUGUGGGCAAUGAUGUGCCAAAUCGGUGAUUUAGUGCAUUUUCAUUGGGUAAGCAUUAUUCAUAAUAAACUGCCUCAAUAGGAGCUGUAGUAUUGUGAUAUAAUGAUAAUGUUAAGAAAAUAUUUGAAUGGAGAAAGCUGAUCCGAGACCAGCGCUCCUUUUCUUUCGAGCCUAUCAGUAUCAAUGCUCCAACGACGCACUUUGCGACCGCUCUCUCUGCGUGGUGUUUUGGCAGACGCAUGUUACAUCUUCCUUCUGUCGUUGUAGGAAAGAUGCAUCAUUAAAACACUCCUAACCCAAACCGGCUGCGCGUGUGCGCCAUCGUGCGCUAUUGUGCAUAAAUGUAUUUUGCCCCCCCCUACACCAAACGCGAUCACGACAAGCAGGUUAAAAUAUCAAAACAAACUCUGAACCAAUGACAUUAAUUUGGGGGCAGGUCGAAAAGCAUUAAACAUGUAUGGCAAUUUAGCUAGUUAGCUUGCACUUGCUAGCUAACAUUAAUUUGUCCUAUUUAGCUAGCUUGCUGUUGCUAGCUAAUUUGUCCUGGGAUAUAAACAUUUAGUUGUUAUUUAACCUGAAAUGCACAAGGACCUCUACUCCUACAAUGAAUCCACACAUAAAACGGCCAACUGAAUCGUUUCUAGUCAUCUCUCCUCCUUCCAGGCUUUUUCAUCUUUGAACUUAUAUGGUGAUCCAUCUAAACUUUCAUUGUAUUACCACGACAACCGGCAACAAAGUUCGUCUUUCAAUCACCCACGUGGGUAUAACCAAUGAGGAGAUGGCACAUGGGUACCUGCUUCUAUAAACCAAUGAGGAGAUGACUUUCAGCGUGAUAUGCGUCAGAAAUAGGAACGACUUCUAUUUUAGCCCUCAGACGCUCGUUGGCGCGCACGAGCAGUGUGGGUGCAAUAAUUGAAUAACAUGCCGCUCGCGCACGCAACGUGUCCGGUCUGGUCAGCAUGAUGCUAUUGGAAAACCGGGCAGAGACCUUGAACGUGAUCUUGCCAAACAAGUGCCUGUCUAUUGUCAAGGAAAUACCAUUUUAGUGCAUCACUGUCAGCUCGUGAGUUAGCAGACUGAAGAGUAAGCCAGAAAGGAAUUCUCUUAAUUUUUGGAAAGUCAUUCCCUUUCAGAAUUAGCAAACAGAAGGGCUGAUAUAUAUAUAUAUAUAUAUAUACAUAUAAAAUAGGAACUAGCUUUUUUAUCUGGCAAAGUAUGUGGUCGAAAACUGAAAUAGUUUUGCACUGGUUUACUGAAUCUGUGUGUAUAGUCUUUUAAAAAAUCUCAGAUUUACAUUUUGAAAUGUUUAACUAAAUCUAAAUAAGAAUUAACCGCAAAAAGUUGUCUAGCUAAUUUUCAACACAUCUUUGUUUAAUGUGAAUUAUAUCGUAUUGGGGUGGUGUCAUUGCAAUCACAUUUUUGUCAACUUUGCACUUUAGCAAAAAGCAAUGUGAAAAUCCGGCAUGCCGGCCAUAUCUUUAGUGUUACAAAUGUUUUCAUGUUCAUUUUGUAUAUAAAAGUAUAUAUUGUCUGCCGUUAGAAACACAUUUAACCGUGUCACAUGAUAGGAAUUUGCAAGCUAAGUCUUAUCUACUCAUGUUUUAAGUAUAGCGAUUCUAUUUUGCACACUGAUGACAAUAAUGUUCACUGUUCUAUCUGCACUAUAUUGUAUAUUGACUGUGUGUACGUAAAGACAGCAGAUUCUCUUCGCAUUAAGACAAAAUGUAAAACGAGCACAAACUCAAUAUAUACAUCCCAUAUGUACCAUG